CACUCCCAUCCAGGGACAAACAUUACCAAGGCUGGAAGGAAAAGCAAGGGUGGUGGUUCUGCAAUGCACUGUGUCAACAAGGAAAUGGCACCGUGUGGGCUGCUGACGAGGGCUGCCUGAGGCCAGGGUGCAGGUCCCUGUGUCCCCAGCUGGGCUUUUCCCUGCUGCACAUAAAUUACUUACUAUUGCAGUCAUCAGCAAAGAGAUCCUUGAGUUUGGAAAGGGAGCAGGGAGCAUGGGGCUGGAAAGGAGGGGCAAGGUGCCGCUGUUUGCAGGGGCUGCAGAGCACAGCGGGCUGGGAGCAGGAGAGGUGCAGUGUGUCCCCACGCCUUACUGGAGUGUUUGCAGGGUUAUCAAUGCUGACAAGUCGGAGUUCAAUGAGGACCAGGCAGCCUGCUGUCAGAUCUCUGUCCGGAGGAGAGAGCCAGGCCUGGAGGAGGAUGAGGAAUGGCUGAUCCUGUGCUCCACACAGUUUCUGACUGGUCACUACUGGGCGCUGUUUGAUGGCCACGGGGGCCCGGACGCUGCCAUCAUCGCCUCCAACUAUCUGCACUACUGCAUCAAGCAGAAGCUGGAGGAGAUUGUGGGAGGCAUCACCGAGGCCCAGCCCCCCCUGCACCUCAGCGGACGCUGUGUUUGUGACAGUGACCCCCAGUUCGUGGAGGAGAAGCACAUCCACGCAGCAGACUUGGUGGUGGGAGCCCUGGAGAAUGCCUUCCAGGAAUGUGAUGAAGUCAUUGGCCAGGAGAUGGAAGCUACGAACCAGACAGGAGGUUGCACUGCUCUGGCUGCCCUUUAUUUCCAGGGAAAGCUCUAUGUGGCCAAUGCUGGGGACAGCAGGGCAAUUCUUGUCCUGAAGGACAGCAUUGUGCCCAUGAGCAGUGAGUUCACCCCCGAGUCAGAGAGGCAGCGAAUCCAGCACUUGGCUUUCCUUUUCCCCAAGCUCCUGGAUGGUGAAUUCACCCGCUUUGAGUUUCCACGGAGGCUGAAGGGAGAUGAUGUGGGCCACAAAGUCCUGUACCGGGAUUACUUCAUGGAGGGCUGGGGCUACAAGACGGUGGAGAAAGCUGACCUCAAGUAUCCUCUUGUCCAUGGUCACGGGAAGCAGGCUCGCCUGCUGGGCACUCUGGCUGUCUCUCGAGGCCUGGGGGAUCAUCAGCUCAAGGUCAUUGACACCAACAUUGAAGUCAAACCUUUCCUCUCCUGCAUUCCUAAGGUGAAUGUAUUUGACUUUGCUCUUCAUGACAUUAAGGAAGACGAUGUCCUCAUCAUGGCAACUGAUGGCCUUUGGGAUGUUCUGUGCAAUGAGGAGGUGGCCCAUGUAGUCAGGAGCUUCCUUGCAGAAAACAGGACAGAUCCUCAAAGGUUUUCAGAACUGGCCAAGUGCUUGGUAUGCAGGGCAAGGGGAAAGAAGAGAGGCCACCAGUGGAUGCUGGAUGACAGCCACGAGGCAUCCUACGAUGACAUCUCUGUAUUUGUCAUCCCACUACACAACAGGGAGGAGGACUGACUGUCAGGAUGACACACAGCAUCUGUGCUCCCUUACUGUGAUGCCAUUCUGCAUCAGCCUGAGACUGAGGGACUUCUGCUGCACACGGUGUACACUCUCUUCCAGCAAAACCAUUUGCAGUGGAACCUGAAUUGCACAGCCAGCACUUGGCACAGGAUGAACAAGAUUAGCUCCUUAACAACAUGCAAGAGAAGCACAGUGGGCAACAAAUCACUCCCCUUUCUCAUUGCUGGACCAAGGAGAACCUGCAAAGGGGGCCAUGUGAACCAAAGGGCACUUUUCCUAAGAUCUUCGUGGUACAGUGACACUGAAAUCCAGAUUUCUACUGAUCCCUCUCCCUUUUUAAUAUUGAACAAUAAGGAUCAACUGAGAUCCAGCCAGUCUGAAGAGCUGGCUUUUAAUCAGACUGGAACUAAGCUGAACUGGAUGCAUAAGCUAAAGCAUGUCUCGUAUCCAUUUGCUGUAAGGUGAGAUGUGCUGAAAACCUGGGAGCUGCUGCCAGGACAGCACUGGGCACAGCCGUGCCUGGGCCAUGGGAAUGCUGGAGCAGUAGCCCAGAGCUCUUCAGACAGCUGCCAUUUGUAGGCAGCACCUCAGACCCAGAGGAUGUAGCCAGGUAAAGCUUCACCCUGGUGUACAGAAGCCUCCUGUGCAAAGAUAUGUGCCUUACUCUUAUUUAAGAACACUGAAGUGUGUUUGUAACACUGUACAGAUUUCUAACAAAUCUUGAUCCAUACUUGCUGACACUUUCUCUGUUCAGGUAAUUUCUGGUAGCAAAGCAGGUUUUGUAGCAGCAGCACUGAGAACCAAGGUGUUCAGUGCAUCAGCUGAUUCAGUAGAAGAGCUCCAAGUAAAAUAAAACCGGUUUGUUGCAAUUUGUCUGCAGUGCUGAAUUUCAAGCACUUAUUCCAGCAGAAACACAGUGCAGCAGACAUGCCAGAGUUGCCUUAAACUCUGAGGAUCUGCUUCCCAACCUGUUUAUUAGCCAGGCAAAUUCAGGUCUGGACAAGCUUCCCAUCUCCCCAAGUCCCCACUUUGGUUUUCAUUAUUACAAAGGUUCCAGGAUUCCCCAGAGAACCAGCCAAACCCCAGUGUGCAUUUAAAUUCCACAAGGACUAAAGUCCAAAUAAAAGUACUUUGUUUUU